UCUCUCUUUCCCCCGGUCUCGUGAUUUAGGCUCAGAGCGUCUCUGUUUGUUUUUCUCAUUCUCUGUUCCUCUCUUUCUUUUUCUUUCUUCCUGUUUUAUCUCUUCUCUCUGCUUGUCUUUCACGCUCUGUUCCCGUCUCUCACUCCUACUCCCCCUUCUUUCUGCCUUCCUUUUUCUCUCUUGUCUUUCACUCUCUCCGUCUUCUCUGUAUCUUCUUCUGUGCGGGCUUCGUGCGUCUCCGUUUGUUUUCCUUUCUUCAUCCUUGUGUUUCGGGAGACUUCCAGUGUCUCCGUUUGUUUCUUUCCAGAAUUAGAAUGCUAAAUUCGAAUUUGGAAGACGUCUUAAAUGAGGGAAGAACGAAUAUUAUGUUUGUGUGUGUAAGAUAGUUGUGCUUCGGGUUUGUCCGUCAGUUUCCGGAAUUUAAACACGAAAAUAAUUGGAGGCGGGUAAGUGUUGAGUCUAAGUUGUGGUGUUUGGAAGAAGUGGCUACCAUGCAUCGUCACACGCGGAUGAAGAAGGAACUUCAGAUGCUGAAAGAUUCACCACCACCCGGCAUUGCCUGUUGGCCGAAAGGAGACAGCAUUGAGAGCUUAGAAGCUCGUAUGUACCCCUUUGAGCCUCCAAAAGUGAACUUCUCGACCCCUAUUUAUCAUCCAAACAUUGAUGCUGCUGGAAGGAUUUGUCUCAAUGUUCUGAAACUCCCACCAAAUGGUGGCUGGAAGCCAUGUUUGAACAUCAGUACAGUGCUGACCUCUAUACUGGUCCUUAUGAAUGACCCUAAUCCUGAUGACCCCUUAAUGGCCGACAUUGUAAGACCCUUUAAUUUUUCUCUUUUUCUUGUUUUUUUUAAAUCUUUACCUGCCCACCACAACAGAAUUGGCCAAUGUUCUCACUGUCCAGGACAAUGGGGCUGA